GAAGCGCCCCCUUCGCGCCGCCCGACAGGAAAUCGCGGCUCUACGCGUCUUUGCAUUGACUUCGUAUGUAAACUCACCGCCCCGAACGCUGGCUUCGCUUUUGGUCUGAAAGCACCAUAAGUCAACUGAAGGUUUUGAACGCUGUGUAGUAUUUUUCCCAGUGCGAUCUGAAUUGAAACACAGUAAGCUUGGGUGCCUCUGGAGGUCUGUGUUUUACCUACAUAAAAUGAGAAAUUUUCUUUAAAUUCUCAGAAAACGUCAGAGUUUGGCUGGUGCCUGGUUAAAGGUUUCUUAGGGGGGCUUCUGUUUGGAGAAUUUGGAGUCAGGAAGGAAAUUCCGUAGUAAGUGCGGUUGCAAAGAUGCCUCCCAAGACCGUUAAACGCGCUCUGACCGACAUGCUGGAGGAUUUGAGUGAUAUACAGCUAAUGCAGUUCUGCUCCGCUAUCUUGGACCGCAGGGAUGAGCCGCGGGUCAGGCGCAGAGCCCUGGAAGGCCAAAACUAUCUGGAAAUUGUAGAUGUCCUGGUUACAACCUUCACAGAGUCCGGGGCCAAUGAAGUGGCUCUGGAGACGCUGAAGGAGAUUGGCUGCAACGCGCAAAGAGAGAGCUUCGCUAAAGACAUAAGUGAAGGAUCGCUGACAUCUGUUUCCUGUUAUGGCGACAUCAUGAUAGUGGAAACUACUGGUGCCUCAAUGGGAACAGCUCAGCAGGACAAGCUGAAAUACUCAGGUAUGAGGGCGUCACACGCCAUGGCAGAGACUGAUCUGAUAGAAAUGAACAACUACAAAUCCAUCAUCAAAAACGUGGCUCAUCAGAAAGGAGUUGAUCCUGCUCUCAUUGCUGCCAUCAUCUCCAGAUCAUGCAGGGCUGGAAAGACCCUGAUGGGAGGCUGGGGGUGCUAUGAUGAAAAGAGACAGAAAUACAAUGCCUAUGGGCUGAUGCAGAUUGAUGUCAAUCCACAUGGAGGUGGACACACCCCAAAAGGCUCAUGGGACAGUGAGGAACACCUCUGCCAGGCCACCGACAUCCUGAUUCAUUUCAUUUUACGCAUAAAGCAUGCAUUUCCUGACUGGAGCAAGGAGCAGCAGCUGAAAGGAGGGAUAGCAGCCUACAAUGCAGGAGAUGGGAACAUCCUUUCCUACGAAGAGGUGGACGCCGGAACCUCAUGUGGAGACUACUCCAAUGAUGUUGUUGCCAGAGCUCAGUGGUACAAAAGCAAUGGUGGCUUUUAAAACCUGAAACUGCCCACAACCUAAUAAAAUGACAAAACAGUG